UCACUUCAACGGGUCAUCAGUUACUUGUCUUCCUCCGGACUCCAGCUGAUUCGUGUUUACUUCUGCAGCAGGCGGCACGUGGAGGUGAUCCCGCAGCAGCCACCCACAGUCACAGACGCCACUGCAUAACCACGGUCUCACCACACACAGUUAUAGAUAGUGUGGCAGCAUGUCUACAAGUGGGGCAGGACUGGUGCAGUAUGUGGUGGUGCGGAAAGACUUAUUUACCUGUCUGGCUUGGCCUGUGGGAGCUGUCAUUGCCCAGGCCUGUCAUGCUGCCACAGCUGUCACCCAUCUUUUCCAUGAUGAUGACAACAUGAAAACUUAUCUAGCAGAUCUGGACAACAUGCACAAGGUGGUGUUAGGAAUAGAUGGUGAAACCAAAAUAAGACAGCUGUCAGAGAAGCUGAGUGAGGCAGCAGUGGAUCACAAGCUGUGGAUAGAGCAGCCUGAGGACAUCCCAACCUGCCUGGUGACCAAGCCCUAUGCCAAGCAGGAAGUGAGCAAGUACUUCAAGAAGCUCAAACUCCUGAAGGUAGAUGAAUCACAGUCACCAAAAACUGAAGAGAAUACCUCUCAGUGAGUGUGACUGUAGAGUAGAUGCUUGUGUGGCCUUGGGAAAGUGAGAUGUUGAUGUGAUCUAUGGAGGUGACCUGAAAAGAGAGAGUAUCCUCUCUGUGACUCAAAGAAGAAAGAAAAGCUACCAAUGUGAUCUCCAGGAGUAACUGCCUCUGUGACCAAAAGUAGCAACUGGCAGUGUGACCUGAAGGAACAACUGUCAGUGUAAUCUGAAGGUACAACUGGCAGUGUGAUCUGAAGGAACAACUGGCAGUGUGACCUGGAAGAACAACUGGCAGUGUGACCUGAAGGAACAACUGGCUAUAUGACCUGAAGGACCAAGUGGUAGUGUGACCUGAAGGUACAACUGGCUGUGUGAUCUGAAGGACCAAGUGGUAGUGUGACCUGAAGGAACAAAUGGCAGUGUGACCUGAAGGAACAACUGGCUGUGUGAUCUGAAGAAAUAAUUGUCAAGUGCGACCUAAAGGAAUACUGGUUGUGUGAUCUGAAGGAACAACUGGCAGUAUGACCUGAAGUAAUUGUCGAGUGUGACCUGAAAAAAUAAUUGUCAAGUGUGACCUGUAGGAGCAAGUGGCAGUGUGACCUGAAGGAGCAAAUGGCAAUGUGACCUGAAGGAACAACUGUCAGUGUGACCUGAAGGAACAACUGUCAGUGUGACCUGAAGGAACAACUGUCAGUGUGACCUGAUGGAGCAACUGGCAGUGUGACCUGAAGGAACAACUAGCAAUGUGACCUAAAGGAACAACUGUCAUUGUGACCUGAAGGAGCAACUGGCUGUGUGAUCUGAAGGAGCAAAUGGCAGUGUGACCUGAAGAAGUAAUUCAAGUGUGAUCUGAAGGAGUAAUUGACAAGUGGUAACAAAGUAAGAAAUGGUCUGGUGUGACCUGAGGAAUCGAAUAGCAAGUAGUGACGUGAACGAGGACUGUGAGUAUGACCUGGAGAAAUAAGCUGACAGUGUGACGUUAAAGUGUCGAGGCUCUGAACAUCUUUAUUUAAAUGUGAUACUUAUGUAAUAACACGCGGGCAUAUAUAUAUAUAUAUAUAUAUAUAUAUAUAUAUAUAUAUAUAUAUAUAUAUAUAUAUAUAUAUAUAUAUAUAUAUAUAUAUAUAUAUAUAUAUAUAUAUAUAUGUGUGUGUGUGUGUGUGUGUGUGUGUGUGUGUGUGUGUUCCAUGCAUCUCAACAAUAAAGAGUUUACUAGCAUGUAAGUGUUGUUUAAACUCACAAUGGAAGUAAUGCAUUGCUGCUGAGCAAUACACUCGCUUCAACAUACUGCCUGCCUAGUCUGGCAUGUGCUGUAAACGUACACGUGUCGCCAAACCUUUCAGUGUUUUCACGAGUAUUACAUUACAUUUCGAUCAUUGUUAUUAUUGCUAUCAGUUUCCCCCAUUGAGUCGUGAUACUGAUAGGCAAGGGAGAGAUGGUGUCAUGUUCCAUGUGCCAGAAGCCACUCUCAGCUGUAUCCUCAAAGUCAGCGCGCCACAUACUGCCAACCGUAUCGGGUACAGCUUGUGUAACACUGUUCCGCAAUAUCCUAGAUGAAUAAACCAUUCCAUGCCUUAAU